CAAUGAUUGAUUACAAAAGGAGACACGGUAUUUGUGUCACCAAACAUGAGAUAAUAUAAGAAUAGUGUACCAUAUAUAAUUUUAUUCUUCCCUAAAAACAUGUCGAAAGAUUACGAACAUCAUCAACAACAAGAUGAUGAUGAUGAUAAUUGGGUCAUGAGUCAUUUUCAGAACAAUUCCUAUAUAGAUGAUUGUAAUGGUGUUCAUGAUGCAGUCGUCAAAGUCAUUCAAGAUUACCGUGCUCCAUUACCUCAACCUUUUCAACUUCCUUCUCGUCAAGCAACCAUACAAGAUACUAUCUCUAUUAGUAAUCGUAAGAAGAAUUGUCCUAUCAAGCACCAUCUUCGUCGAGCUUCUGAACAAGUAGAACGAUUUAAACUCGACUAUCUGCUUCCUUACCAACCUAUGACUGGAUUUAACCAAUUAACCGUAUCACAACAUGAUGAUGAUACAAAUACAGCAAUUCAAAAAAAGAUGUAUAUUUCAGAGCCUGAUGAAGAUCCAAUGCAACAUCUUGUUCUAUUACCACUUGGUAAAACAGGAGCAGGAAAAUCUAGCCUUUUAAAUCUUAUGCUAGGCGAUAAUGCUGCGUUUAAAGCAAAAGCUGGAGCCAGAUCAGUAACAGACUGUGUUACAGAACGUACAGGUAUAUGGGCUAUUGAUCAAGUAGAGACAAUUAUUACAGUUGCAGAUACACCUGGUUUUGCAGAUAGAAGUCGAUUAGGCAUUGAUUCUUUUAUGUUAGUCUUUCAAUAUGAUUCUCCUACAAAUAAUAUUAUGUCAAUAUUAGAACAUUUUGAUUAUAUGAUGCAACAGCAAUUUCAAUAUUGUAAUAAGUCUUGGUGGGAUCAUGUUCUACUUGUGUUUACUCGGGUUGAUUAUUAUCCAAAUCUUAAAUUUCCACCUAAUAUGAUAAGCAAGAAACAAAGUAUAAUAGAGGUACUUGUACCUAGUAUACAAGAAAAAUUCAACUUGAGUACGCCUCCAAAGUAUGCCUUUGUUAGUUCAAAGGCACCUAAUUGUUCUUUUUCAAAAAAGGGUAAAUGUGAUUGUUUUGCUGCUUCAAAGUAUCAUUUAGAUCAAAUGAGAACAUUAAGGAUACGAAUUAAUUCUAUUCUUAGCGGUAAUGGUAAAAGGUGGAUGCCAACUGAAUACUAAGCCAAAAUUCCAAAUUGAUAGUGACAGUGAUAGUGACAGUGGUAGUGAUAGUGAUAGUAAUAGUGAUAGAAAUAAUAAUAGUAAUAGUAAUAGUAAUAUAGUGAUAGUGAUAGUAUACAAUUUUUGUAUUAUUAAAAGAGGGCAAAGAAGAUAUAUAUAUAGAUAUAUACAUAUAUAUAUGUAUAUAUAAAUUAUUAAAGAUUACAUGAUAAUUUUUGACAUAUAUUCAAACAAGAUGGGGACAAGAUAUAUGGCAAUGAAACCAAUUCCUAUAAAAGAUGUUAUAUAGAUUUGCAGAGAAUUAUAUUCUAUAUAUUUUUUUUACCUGCAUAUACAAUUA